AUGGCGAAACAAAGUUUCUCGAUGCUGUCGCCACAUGACGACGACGAUGACAAUCACUUGUGCAUCAAGUGUAACGCCACCAUCGUUGGUCUCGACAACUACGUUAAACAUAGAAAACAGGGGUGCGGAAAAAGGAAAACCGAAUGUACUGAGUCGAAAAAUGAGCUUACUUCUAUCGAGCCAUUGGAGCCGACGUAUGGUCUCGGCGCUGACGUGUUUUUUCAAUCUCUAGAAUUACAGAGCAGCGUAAAAAAAUCAUCCUUGUCCCGAUUGACACCUACACCUAUAUCUAAAGCAAGUAUAGAGAAAAAGACUACGCUGUCGGUUACAUCUUCAUCGCAUCUUCCUCGAAUGAGCCCUAUUGAAAACAACUUAAGAGGCGAAGACUGGAUAGGUGGACACAGUUUGAGGAUAGGAAUCAAUGAAGACAACCAAACAAAAUUAAUAAAUGCCGUUGCUAGCAUAAGUGGAUCUGUUAAGAAAGAUCUAAUGACAACUUCGUAUAAUAUGAGCAGCUUCACUAACUUUAAAGACGAUGUCGAUACAGAAGAAUCAGAUGAUACAAGUGAUGAUGAUGAGGAAGAAGUAGUGCCUCAUGGAAGCAAAUGGAAACCACCACCAAAUUAUACAGGCGGCAAGUGGCGACCAGCUUCACCUGAACACGAAAAUUGGGACAUGAGAGAAGAACAAGAACAGAUCGACAGAGAAUAUGAUUAUGACGCACCUCCACCAGAACAUACUAAAGGUAAAUGGAUACCUGGAGCCAAUGAAAAAACCCAAAUAAUGCAGACAACGAUUCAAACCAAGGGAUCUGUGCAAUAUUGGUGUGGUCCGUGUAACAGAAGACUCGGUUCACGAGCAAUUUAUGACAAACAUCUCAUGUCUAACUUGCACAUGCGAAAAGUUCUCCCAGAGCAUGAAUUGGAGUUCUCAGGACACUUGGAACCGAUACGAUCUGUAGCAGACAAACGAACUACUAGACCAUUAUUUGCCAACGAUAGGGUCACUACACAAGCACAGAGAAAACGCCAUAAGACAGUAGAGCCAAAGAUAACGGUAAAAAUUAAAAAGAAGAAAAGGAAACGGAAGGCCUACUUUGUUCAAUGUUCCGGUUGUAAGUCACGCGUACGUACUCAUCUAAUGGGAAAACAUUUGAUAUCGCACUAUCACUUCAGAAAAGCAACUAAUAUAAAAACUGAUGUAUACCAGCAGCUGAUUCUUAACAACAUGGAGGCGAUAGUUCAUCAAGCUCCGUUUCAGUGCAGCCCCUGUAAGUUUUACACGAAUUGGCUUUCGAAUUUUAUGCAACAUUGGUUUUCUGAAGAACACGAACAGACCAUCAAUUCUUUCGAUGGCAGAUACUGGUGCUCUUUCUGCAAAUUCGAAUGUGAAACCUCUCAAGAUAUGUUAAAUCACAUGUCGAGCUCUGAGCACAGUGAAGUAGUGGCGGUGAUCAAUAGAUCGAUGCCCAUUAUAAUAAGAAAAAAGACAAUAUUUCGCUGUGUGACUUGUCAACAAGAAUAUAGGUACAACUUUGAGAUCAAACAACACUGCCUCAAAACAGGGCACGAGUUGGCUCAUACCGCUACGGAUAAUUAUCAAGAACUCCAUAGAUGCCAGCACUGUAGACAAAAGUUCAAAUUAUCAGUAACUUUGGCAGCUCAUUUAAAAUCGAGACACAAGCAGAAAGCGUUCUUUUGUCUCGUUUGCUCAAAAACUUUUGGUUCAUCUGAAGAAGCUAAACGUCAUCGACAGACAUCGGAACACAGGAUCAGGAGAAAAGAAAAGCUGAGAGAAAGGGGACUGUCUACAAAGGACUUGAGUAAGAAAUGUCCAUACUGCACGGAUAAAGUUAUUUUGAAGAAUAUACUGGAACUCAAGGAUCAUAUUAGAAGAACCCACCCCAAUAUACGAAAGAAGUGUCCAAAAUGCGGAGAGACAUUUAUUUUCUCCCAGGAAGUGACGCGCCACAUUCGAGCCAAAGCUUGUAAGUUUCAAAAGUCAGAAACAAUCAACUCCUCGAUUCUGUGGAACUGUAGCCACUGUCUGUUCACCACUGACUCACAAGCUGAAUGUUUUUUCCAUGAGGUCCUUCACACAGAACCAUUAGCUGCAAAGGGUAAAAACUCGAUCAUAAAAUACGCCUGUCCCCUUUGUCCGAAGAGUUUUAAAAAGGCGUCUUUGCGUUUACAUUUGAGGUUGCAUACUUUUGAAAGGCCGUUUAUUUGUUCGAUAUGUGGAGCUAAUUUUACAAGACAAUCCAGUUUGUCGAAUCAUACGCGGACUGAACACGAGAACAUAGAUGCAAAGAUGGCGAAGUUAUCAUCGAUUGAAGCUGUAAUCUCAAAAAUAUCGAAGGAGGAAUUAAAAUGCCACAAGUGUAAAAAGAAAUUUAAUGACAGUGAAGGGCUAAGCCGUCACGAGGCGGAUUGUGAAGGCGAGGCGCGGCGAUGUCCACACGAGGGCUGCUCCUAUGUCGCCAGUUCCACUGCACUGCUCCAAAAACACCGUAAAAAGCACGGCGAGCGUAUAAAACACUAUGAAUGUCCGACGUGCGAGUUCAAAACCGACCAGGCAAGUCACAUGAAGAGACACCUGCUGUGUCACAAGGGAGUCAAACCUUAUGCAUGUCCACAUUGCGAAUUUACUUGCGCAAGUUUGGAAAACCUGCGCAAACACGUGCUCCGUAGCGGUCGUCACCCUGGUCUCACACUAUACUCGUGUCGUACGUGUUCAUACUCCACCAACAUGGCGGCGCAGUUACGCGCACACCUCACCACAGAUCACUCAGACAAGUAUGAUACUAAAACCGCGCUUGAAGCUGUCAAACGACAUUUAAUGAUAAGCGAAUAAAUAAUCGUAUAGUUUUGAA